AUGAAAAAUACUUCUCGCAAUAACAGCAAUUUUUCACCAAACAGUAAGUACAAUAUAUAUAGUUACGGGAAAGGCAAAAACGUAUUUUACUCCUUGGAGAGAAUUAACUACAGUAGUGGAGAUAAACCCGAUGGAGAAGAAAAUAAAAGAAAGCUGAAUAAAAUACCAGAAAUUAUAAAUAUAAAAAAGCAAAAAUUUGUUAUCGGUUCAUCCAAUAGGAAGUGCGACUUAGUUUUAAGGGGAAACAUCGAAGGAGAACAAUGCGAAUUGGUGUGCAAAUGUGUGGAGAAAAAUAUCAACCAUUGUAGUGAUAUAAAUAGACAAAUUAAUAAAUACAAUUUAUUUAUUAUUAACAAGUCGAAAAGCAAUUCCACCUUACUGAACAAUUCAGUGGUGGAUAUUGAUCAAGUCAAAGAUGAAGAUAGCCUUUUCCUGGGCAUCGAAAAUAUGGAAAAAAAGACAAAUGCAAAAUAUAUAUACAAAAUUAAGUACAAUAAAAUGGCCAACAUUUUUAACAUAAAUAAUUUGUGUACGUACAGUAAAGACAACUGCAUACAAAAGACGUUAAUUACCAACACGGAAAAUGGAAAAGCUAGCAAAAUCGUAUCCACUAAUUUUUCACUAACCAAUCAAAAUGAGGAACAGGAAUCGAAUAUAUCAAUUUUGAUAUUUUUAAUUAUUGAAAUAGCGUCCUUACCAAAUGAACCGGUGCAUUACAUCGACAAUUUGAACUCCUUCGCUAAUCUUAAUAGCACACCAAGGAAGAUCAGUGUGGAGGAUAAUACCGUGGGAAGUAAGGCAUCCACGUCAGUUAAUAAAAUGAUUAAGGAGGAUUCGCCAAAUACCCAAUUUAAUGAAAGCAUUAAAAAGAUUAACAAAAUUUGCCAAAGCAGGAUUUCCCCUUUGUGCGUAAAGGAAUCCAUUAAGAAAGAAGAAAAAGUAAAGGGCACGUUAAAAGGUGUCAACCACACAAAGAAGGAACUUCCAGUGACACUGCUUAAUGCGUGUGUUGAGUUGUGCAAGGAGAUAAGCAAAAGUGUCACGAAAGAACAGGACGAGGGAAGUAACCACACCGUUCCGGCGGGCACUCCAGUUGCAAAAUAUCCAUCGUUAACACCCCCCAAAACGAUGACACCGCCCAAGGAGCUGAUAACACCAAGGAGGAUGACACCUCCGAAGGGGAUUUUCUCCCAUCCUUUUCAAAGUGAGCAAAAGAAAGGACCACACAUGAACAACUUGUGCAACAUUUUUCACGCCAGUUUUGGCACUCCUCGGCACGGGACAAGCUCCACUGGUGAAGCCACCAACCGAAUUGCCCACUCGAACAGCGUAUCACCAAUGGUGCGGGAAAAGGUUAGCACCUCUGGAGAUGGCCUCAACGGAAUGCAGUGUCAGGGACCCCCAAUUAGCACGGCUCCCGAAAGUUUAAAUCAGCCCAACAUAUACGAAGAGGCCCAUUCGCGCAACAACGCACAACAUCACACUUCGGAUAAGAGUAAACAUAAUUUGGACAAAUCGGAAGGGGAUAAUUUUCUGCAAGGUAACACAAACAGAGAAGAGCCUUCUAAGGAGGACAAAAAUGGCCAAACGGAUUAUGCUAACAAGAACUGCCACUCGGAUGGCAGUGUCUUUUGCCCACCACCCAUCGACCAACACGCGCGGGUCUACUGCGAGGACGUAGACGCGAGACAGGAUGAACAAAUUGGGGAGAUAAUCCACGAUGAAGAAUUGAAUAUCUCACUGAAUGACAACUUAUUGGUAACCCCGGGAAAAGGAGCCCAAUUGAUGGACAGCAACCAGAUGACCUUCUAUGACUGUGAAGAUGAAAAGGCAGGGAAGGAAGCAGCCCCUUUAUCUGUGAAGCCGAAUGAGGAUACCAACAUGGUGAUAAAAACAUCCGAAUCGAGUGAAUUCAUAAAAAAAACGGAAAAGGAAUUAUACUCUGUUUUAUAUUCCAAAAGUAGUGAAAGCACAGCAAGUAGUGUAAAUACAGAUUUUGUUCUAUGUCUGAAAAAUGAACAGGGAGAACAGAGGUAUCUCAAAGUGAUUGGAGAAAUUAAGGUGAAGAGAAAUGCCAUUUUGUCAGACAUAAAACAUAACAUAGAUUUAAAACUGCUUGAUAAAUCCAUUGAGCUUACAACUCUUAAUAAAGUAAACUAUUUAAAAUGUGAGUCUCUUUCUAAAGGAAAAUAUUCUAUUCGUUUAAAUGCCUUUUCCGAUAAACUGGAUGAAACAAAGUUUGGUGAAUUUUCAGCCCUGCACCUGGACUAUAUUGAUAACACAAAUUUUUCCCAUUUGGACACAUUGGAGCCGCUUGAGUUGAAGAAAAUGCUAUUUAUAAAGUACGACGAGUGA